GCGGUGUCCUCAAUUACGAUAAGGGAAAGUGGAAUGGUGAGAAGGAACUGUCGAUCGAAUCUCAUCUGAAUUCCCCGCCGACCGUUUUGCUCAAGGGUAUUAGGCGGCUUCGAGUGGAUCAUCGAUUCCGCAAAGAUACCAUGCGAUCAAAUAUUCAAGCGGCUACUCAAAGGGAUGUCUGACUCGGAAGAUCCGUCAUAUCCGGGUCGUGAUCUUGACCAGGUCUUCAAGGCAGAUUACCAGCAUGUAGAAGGUCGCGACUGCACGAAAUGCGAUCUUGAUCAGACUGUAUAUCGGCUUCCGCGAGCCUCCGAUGAUCCAGUUGUCCACUAUGGUUUAAUUGCAUCUGGGAAUAUGGCCAUAGAGUCUGCGCAGCUCCGGGAUCACCUUUGCCAUUCCUGGGGUGCCUUGUGCUUUGAGAUGGAGGCUGCGGGCUUGAUGGACUACUUUCCUUGUCUUGUCAUUCGGGGUAUAUGUGACUACUCUGAUACACAUAAGACGAAGGUCUGGCAGCCAUAUGCAGCUGUUACUGCUGCUGCGUAUGCGAAGGAUCUUCUGCGGGUUAUUGGCCCCAGGCAAGUGGCAAAGACAGAGGUUGCUACUAGUAUACUGCAAGAUGUUAUCACUAAAUUAGAUCAUGUGGACGGUGACGUCCGGCAGAUACGAAAGACUGUUGACGAUGCAUACAAGGCGCGGGUUAUGGAUUGGAUCUGUCCGAUGGAUUAUAGCAGCCAACAGAGUGAUUUCUUUGCCCAACAUGAGGAAGGCACCGGUAAUUGGCUUCUCACCUCUGAAUCCUUCCAGAAAUGGCUUCAUGGAUCGAACCAAAUAUUACUUGGUGAAGUUAUACCGGGCACAGGGAAGACUAUUCUAACAUCUAUUGUCAUCAAUUACCUCCAAACAUACUUUGACCAAAAUAAUGAUGUUGGCAUUGCUUAUAUAUUCUGCAACUUCAGGCAGCAGCAUGAACAAACACUCAACGGUCUUUUAGCGUGUGUGCUCAAACAGCUUUGCCAGCAGCAAGCUGAGAUACCUGAGUGUGUGGAUGGACCUUACAAAGGGCGUCGGAAAGGGCAUACUUUACCUACACAGGAGGAGAUUUUAAAUAUGUAUCUGCUGUUGUUAUGAGCUACCAAAAAGUACUCAUCGUUGUGGAUGCAGUUGAUGAAAUCAGGACGUCUGAUGGUACCUGUCGGGACUUUCUAUCCACAAUUUUCUAUCUACAACAGUCCACAGA